AUAAUACGCUACUGACUCUUUCGUCCUUUGCACAUUAAUGACCCACAGCUUGUCGGCUCUGUCGCUCUUCCAACGGCGGCAUUGUAACGGUUCGCCGUGCCUAUUCAGUGACGGCGAUUCGUCCAAACCCUUGUGGCUGUCUACUCGAACGAUUUCUUGAAUUUGCCUUCUUGGGUUAACUCUCGUUUAUUGAUUAUUGUUUUUCAAUUUCUUGGUCCUGUUCUCCUCAGGAUACGAUUAGCAGCAUCGAGAGGUAUACAAAAUGAUUGGGUCGUUUCUUACGAGAGGACUUGUGAUGGUUUUUGGCUAUGCUUAUCCAGCUUAUGAAUGCUAUAAAACUGUAGAGAAGAAUAAGCCAGAGAUAGAGCAACUUCGCUUUUGGUGCCAGUACUGGAUUUUGGUGGCUGUCUUGACCGUUUGUGAGAGAAUUGGUGAUGCUUUUAUUUCCUGGGUUCCUAUGUAUAAUGAAGCGAAGCUGGCAUUCGUUAUAUACCUUUGGUAUCCUAAAACAAAGGGAACUACAUAUGUGUAUGACUCGUUCUUUAGACCGUAUGUUGCAAAGCAUGAGAAUGAUAUUGAUCGCAACUUGUUUGAACUAAGGACUAGGGCUGGUGACAUGGCAAUCUUAUACUGGCAAAGAGCUUCAAGCUAUGGUCAGACAAGGGUUUUUGAGAUUCUGCAGUACAUUGCUUCACAGUCAACGCCUAGGCCCCAGCCACAAGGAGCUAGGGCACGGCAAGCUCCUCCUGUUCCCAACCGCCAACCUCCUAAUGUGCCUGUCCGUCAACCAUCUACUGCAGCACAACCACAAACCGAAGAGCCACCAUCUCCGACUUCUGGCACAUCUUCUAGUAAAAAACAAAUGGAAGUAGUGGGAGAGGUGGGUCCUUCACAAGUACCUCCAGCAGCAGCUCCAAUAGCAGCUUUGAAUACCCUAAAACCAACUGUUGUUUUUGAAACCAAGGGCCAGUCUACAACAAAUGAAGCAGAAACAAAGCAGAUUGAAGCAGUGCCUUCUUCCGCGAAUCAAAAUGCAGACCCAGCAACUGAGGAUACGAUCAUGGAAGAAGGCUUCCAGGUUGCACAUGCCAGAUUGAGGAAAGCCCGUUCUGCAGAAAAAAGCUAACGGUCUGUUUCAGCUCCUUCCCGUGUUAGCAUUUUACACUGGCAAUUUAUCGGUAUGUGAAUGUAACCCCAAAAGUCAGGGGAGGGAAAAGAAAUCAGUUCUGGCAUUGAGUUCUUAGUUCUUGUCGUCGACAGUUGAUGUAAAUUUCUGAUCUUCAAAUUUGCGUUCCAUUUGUUGCUUUAUUGUUCUAAAACGGUUUAGCUGUUGAAGGUUGGUAAUCAAAUGUAUAUUUCACCCAAAGUUUAG